UUUUAUUUUUUGGUUUCAGGAAUGAAACUUUGCAAUUUUAUGAGAGUAUGUUAAUUAAUAUUCUUAGGCAAACAGUUAUUGUUGAGAUAAACAGAGUUUUGUGGAUUCAUUCCAACCAAAAUGAAAAAAUAAAAAAUUCUGAAUUUUUUGGAACGACUGUUGAGAAGUUGGCAAAUGAUUCUUUAUCAAGAUUUAUGAAAUUGCCAAAUAAAUCCUCUGUUAAAGAUGGGAAUAAUUGGGUAAGAAUUGGGGGUGAACCAAAAAAGAUUGAUAAAUUAAAAAUAAUAUUUUAG